AUGCUGAGGGGACACGUGUCGCUAGUGCAAUGGCGUCCUCGCCGCCUACCGACGGCGUCGAACUCACUAUGGGGACGCGUCCUCCAGCACAAUCGGCGCGCUUUGCACACCGUCCGGCCCUUGCCGUACUCGGUGGAGGAGGGAUUGGGACGGUUCAUGCCCCCGCAGGCACUCAAGACGGUGGCGGUGGACUACCUUGGGGGUCUGGUAGAGCGCCUGAACAAUGAGAUACGAGACACUGAGCUCGAAAACAAGAAGCUCGUGGACGUUAUCAUUGGUGCCGCGCAGCAGGAGAACCAGGUGCUCGCGUUCAACUACGGCAGCCUUGCCCUCAACACCAGCUUCUUUCUCCGCCAGCUCUACUCGGAGACGCACGAGCGGAGCAUGAGCUACGACCUGCGGACGGCCAUUCGCACACAGUAUGGCUCGCUCGCGCAGCUCAAGAGCGCGUUCAUGGGUGCGGCGUCUGGCAUGUUCAGCUCGGGCUUCCUCUGGCUUGUCAGUGACUCACGAGGCAACAUGGGUAUCGUCCCUACUUUCGGCCCGGGCACGCUCCUCAUCCGCUCCCGAUCACAUCUCGCUGCAAGUGACGCGGACUUCAAGCGGCCACGAUCCAUCCUCGACGACGUUGACGCCGACUCGAACCCCAUCGACGUCGGCAUCCCCGCCCAGGCCGCACUCUCGGACAAGCUCACUGCGCUCAACUACGGCGACGUGCUGUACCCGCUGCUCUGCGUGCCCAUCUAUGAGCACGCAUGGAUGAGCGCCGGCUUCGGCGUCUGGGGCCGCGAGGAAUGGUUGCGGCAUAUGUGGUCGGUCGUCGACUGGGCCGCGGUCAGCCAAAACUACACGGCGGCACAGCCGCCAGCGCCGGGCAAGAAAUAG